AUGAAGGAAGAACUCACUUUCACCGAAGAGACCUAUAUGGUGAUGAAGGAGGAACCAUUCAGUUAUGCAGAUGAAGCGAGGGAAGAAAUGGGCGACCUAAAAGUGGAACAGAAAUCUGAGAACUGCGGGAACAAGUGUUCAUCAGAUGUUCAUCAGGCGAUGCAGAAGGAAAAAAGUGUUGAGGAUGAACGCCCAAAAGUGGAAUCCACAAUGAAUCAUUUUGUAUGUGAGAAUAUGCAUAUCAGAGUACAUACAAAGAAGAAACCAUACAUUUGUGAGACUUGCAACAAGGCUGUCUCUCAGAAGUGCCAUCUAGUCAAGCAUAUCAGAGUGCAUACAAAGGAAAAGCCAUUCAUCUGUGAUAUUUGCAACUAUGUCUUCUCAGUAAAGUGUAGUCUAGUGACACACAUGAGAGUACAUACAAAGGAGAAACCAUUCAUCUGUGAUGUUUGCAACAGGGCCUUUUCAGAAAAGGGUGUUCUAGUGGUAAACAUUAGAGUACAUACAAAGGAGAAGCCACAUCUAUGA